GCCUUCGACGUCGGGUGUCUGGUACCUUGGAGGCUCCGCUUCUUCCGAAGACAAAACUCUGCAUGGAAAUGCCCCAUCAGAGCUCGUCUGCGAGUCGCGGAAAUUGGGAUUAGGGUUUUGAGUAGGCUUUAGAUUUUGGAGUUGAAGGAGCUUGUUCCUUGUUGAAGUCGGUGGCGGACCAAGUCUACUGCCCGCAUGUCGAUCACCAGCUACAAUGGAAGUGCACUGAUUGCCAUGGUGGGCAAGGAUUGCUUCGCCAUCGCCAGUGAUCGUCGUCUGGGUGUAAAUUUCCAGACGAUUGCGUGUGAUUUUCAGCGCAUCUUCAAGAUUCAUGACCAUCUCUACAUUGGCCUCUCAGGUCUUGCAACGGAUGUGCAGACAAUGCAUCAACGCUUGAAUUUUCGUCAUAAACUGUACCAGUUGCGGGAAGAGCGGAACAUGCGCCCCGAAACUUUUGCUAGCCUCGUUUCAGCUAUGCUUUAUGAGAAAAGGUUUGGACCUUAUUUUUGUGAGCCCAUCAUAGCCGGUCUUAACGAUGACGGAACUCCUUUUAUCUGCACCACUGAUUUAAUCGGUGCCAAGCAAUUGGCAAAGGAUUUUGUGGUCUCUGGAACUGCUUCAGAGUCUUUAUAUGGUGCCUGCGAAUCUAUGUACAAACCUGAUUUGGGCCCGGAUGAGCUGUUCGAGGUAAUAUCACAAGCUCUACUGGCGUCAGUAGACCGAGACUGCAUCAGUGGAUGGGGAGGGAUUGUCCAUGUUGUCACACCAAACCAAGUUAUCACCAAGACCUUGAAGGGCCGUAUGGACUGAGUGAAACCAACUUCUGAGCAAUGAAUGCGUUCCUGUUCGUUUUGCGAUUCUAUGCUCGGCCUGGAUAAAAGUAUAAAGCAGCAUUUUAUUUCUUUUUGAGACACUUCGAGGAGUGUUUUCAUGUGGCAUUGAUCGUUAUCAUCACUUCCUAGACGCAGGUAUACGCAUUUCACUUGAUGGCACUGUAAUGCUGUAAUAUAACUCGAUUGCAUUGAUAACAAGAAGGAUUUUCACAUUGUGAGCCUUCGAAAAUGCCUGUC